GGCGGAGUCCGGAGAAAGCGGACGGUGAGAUGAGCUUGGAGCGCUUAGUGAAGAGGACGAUUCUCUGCGGGCUGCUGGCAACGCGGGGCCUGACCAGGACUAUGUAUGCCCAGGAAACCGACUGGCAGUCUGCCAAAUCCAUCUACGACUUCCACGCCACGGACAUCGAUGGCUCCGACGUCUCGCUCGAGCGGUACAAAGGCCACGUCUGCAUCAUCACAAACGUUGCCUCGAAAUGAGGCAAGACGGGCGUGAACUACACUCAGUUUGUCGACAUGUACAGCCGAUACGCUGAGAGAGGUUUGCGCAUCUUGGGGUUCCCCUGUAAUCAGUUCGGCAAGCAGGAGCCAGGCACCAACGAGGACAUCAAAGCUUUCGCUGCAAGUUACGGUGUGAAGUUUGACAUGUUCAGCAAGAUCGAGGUGAACGGAGACGGCGCCCACCCCCUCUGGAAGUGGAUGAAGAGCCAGUCCAAAGGCCGGGGGACGCUGGGCAAUGCCAUCAAGUGGAACUUCAGCAAGUUUCUCAUCAACAAGGAGGGCCAGGUGGUGAAGAGGUACAGCCCAAUGGACGACCCCUUUGUGAUCGAGAAGGAUCUGCCCGCUUACCUGUAGGACUUAGCUGAACACACCGGAUCACCCUGCAUUUCCCCAGCCCCAUCUCUCUCCUCUGCUUUCCUGCAAAGUUUGCCUUGAUGAUGGCCUGCCUUGAAGCCAAACCCAUUUGGUGGGGCAGGCCUGA